AUAGUGAUAGAUUAAAACGUUCACAAGCAAUCCGAGAUUUGAUUGAGCAAGAAGCCAUAAAAAAUUAUCCAUCACCUGCAAUUGUUAAAGCAGUGAAAGAAUAUGGAACUAAUGAACUCAGUCUUGGAACAAGUGUACAAAAAAUAACAAAAAUAAAAGUAACAAACCUUAAAUAUAAG